ACGUCUGCUGUGCUGGGUCUUUCGCUGACAGCCACACGAGGGCUCCUGGUUUUAUUUUUUUGUUUACUGGAAUAAAUGUCACCGCGGUGAGUUCUGGCAGCUAGCAGAGACAAUGACGAUGUGGUGGCAUCUAGCGGCGGUCACUCUGCUGGUGACCUUUGCUGCUCUGACCAAUGGCCACAAUACUCCCUGUAACGUUGGCAACGACACCUAUUGUUUACAAGGUGUUCGAGACUUCCUAACAAGAACAACCUGGUGGUUCGGUGCUAAUUACAGUGCUGGCUGUCCUGACUCCAAGAAAGACAAGGUUGCCGCCUGCAUCAACCCUGACACGACAAAAACCACCAUCAUCUCCAGACUGCUACAGAGGGAUGACUUCGAUGUCAGCAGUAUCACACAGUUUCUGCGCAUGCGCUUCUAUGUCCCUGCCGGUUCCUACAUCUCCUGUGGGUACAAGGUCAACGCUCCUGCUGUCUUCAUGGAUGUGGACCUCGACAGUACCCACACCAUCCACACGGACACCUGGACGCUUCAGCGACGUCCGGCUAUCACGUGGAAGCCGGAAGCCGGAGCCGUCUACACCUUGAUGGCCUACGACGUCGGUCAGAUGAUGCUGGGGGGUCUGUGGGUGAACAUCAGGGGCGGCGACUCAGCUCUGGGAGCUGAACUGUAUCCUCAUGUUGGACCAAUGAACGCCUUGGACAGGCUCAACUUCCAUGUGUAUGCUCUCUUCAAGCAGAGUGGCGAUAUAGACGAGUCUCGUUAUGGCUUUAUCCAAGGCGAGAUCGCGAAUUACAUCACACAAAAUAAGUUGAUCUACCGCAUCAGUCAUUUGAAAGCCAUUGUCCCGCAAAUUGGUGACCCCAUGGCUAUCGGGCUUAUCGGAGUUAAAGCCGACCCCUACGGCGUUGCUAAAAUGAAGACCAGGAACAUCAUCAACAACUGCCCUCUCCUGAUCAACCAGCUGAGGCCGAGGCUGCAAACUAUAGUCAAUGUCCACAACUUGACCAAUGGUGCCGCGGUUAACCUUGAACUUGAGGUCGAGGUGACCUACACGAGCGACGAGAUCGUUUUCAGUUCCUGCUGUAGGAAUAUCUCCGAAAUGGCCAGAACCAUUUAUCUAAAUCCUCUGAGUGAAACUCUUAUUGCGCCCCUCUAUGUAAGAAAACCGCCUUUCGUCAAGUUUAACGCUGUCAACACAUUGAACAGUAUCUUUUUUCUAGACUCGAUGUACACCUUACUUCUGCUGGACGUGACUGCUGCCCUGGCCACUCCUGGAUCAAUGGACGCCACCCUGUUGUGGUUCAUCAUGGACAUCAAGGGACAGUACCCGAGUUCAGGGAUGGAACAUGUCCCAUACAUCAGUCCAUCUCCACCACUGAAUCGCUACAACAUCAGCCAAUACGUGUUUUUGGUAUUUAAACAAAACGGAUCGUUGAUGAUGAAUUUUAAUUUGCAAAGCUACUGCCAAGGAGCCAGCCCGUGCAAACUAAAUUUGAACAAGAUGGUCACAGAUUUCGGCUUGGUGCUGAGUGGGGUCAAUUGGUUCCAGAGUCUUCCAGACAGCUACACCCGAAUGAAAUUGUAUGAAAAUAACCCCAGCAACAUGAACUCGGCCUGUGCAGGGGUGUCAGGCUAUACAAACCCUUGUCCAGACAAAUGCAAGCUUAGUACGGCAGCGCCACCUACCACGACCACAAAAAACAACAGAUCCAACUUACUCAUGGCAAACACUAUAUUAGUUCUAUUAUCACUUUUCUUGGUGUAUAGAUGUAUUCAGUAAUAUGACUCACUGUAGGGAAGUGCUUGUUAUUUGUUUCUAAAUCUAACUAAAGUAUACCAUCUUACAUUGCAGUUUAGGAGAUAUACAA